GUUUUUUUGUUUUUUGUUGUUUCGUUUUUCACGGGCUAACAGGAACUUUCGGCCAUUUUUUCGGGGUGUUUGUUGUUUUCACCUAAAGAAGACGCUGUUCUCAGGUCGACGCUAAUUUGUGCCUCUCGCUGAACCCAGGGCUAGUUUGGAGGAGGGUAAAAUGAUCCCAGAUCAGUGUCUGUUUCGGUGUCAUGCCAUCCCCCAUCGCGCUGCUAGGUGCGCGCCAGCCUCGCGAUAGCCUCGCCUACUAGAAUCAAAGCUCCGCUCGCGAACUGGAUGUUGACAGGCGCGCGGUGCGGUCAUCAUGCAAAGGUUACAUUGGAUCCGUUUCAGCGAGUGUCUAAAGAAGCCGCUCCUCCGCGAGACCCACACGGCUAAAAAAAUGCGAGACGUGUAGCGGCACCAAAACGGACUAACUCUCGUUCACUGGCCCGUGUGGCUACAGCAGGUGUCAAACGAUGGACGCAAGUUUGGGAUUUCCGCAAACGGCAGUGUGCACGGCAGCUCCUCUCGGCGGUAAAGUGGCUUCAUGAGUGUCCAAAGUAACAGUGGAAGUGGUGGUGGAAGUUUGGAGGCGACGCCAUCUUGGUCGCAGCUCUCCUCGUCCCCAACGAUUUCUCAACAACAUAUAACGGCGACCGCAAAGAGCAAGGAAGGCCCCAUGGAGGAGCUGCACAGCCUGGACCCAAGAAGACAGGAGCUGCUGGAGGCCAGGUUCACUGGAGCCGUUAGUGGCAACACUGCAGGCAGCACUGGGAGCGCUAGUGGAGGUGCUAAGGGUCUGGCUAAUGAGUCCUCGAACCACAGCUAUGGCAGUCUGGGCUCAUCUAGCGACAAGGAGUCUGAGAACUCUGAUUUGAAAAGAGGGAGCUCCCCUGCCUACUCAACCCCAGAAAAGAAGCACUCUGAAUCAUCCAGAGGGAGGAAAAGGAAAGCUGAGACAUAUUCGGAAAGCAGUCAAGGGAAGACUUCCACUCGUGGACCCAAGAUCAGCGACUACUUUGAUUUUCAGGGUGGAAAUGGUUCUAGUCCAGUCAGAGGCCUCCCAUCAGCUCGUCGCUCCCCACAGAACUCGCACUCUGCCCCAGGUUCAAUUAUCCGGCAGAAUAGCUCUUCUCCUACAAGGACGAGUUUUGGGGAACACAAUCCAAAAGCAUCUUCUACCAAGUUUGUUCAGACGGAGUUGACGGGUUUAAAGCUAGCUGCUCUGGAGAGCAACAAGAGUCUGGACCUGGAAAAGAAAGAAGGACGAAUAGAUGACCUGCUCAGGGCAAAUUGUGACCUUCGCAGGCAGAUCGACGAACAGCAAAAACUCCUGGAGAAAUACAAAGAAAGGCUCAACAAGUGCAUCACCAUGAGCAAGAAACUGCUCAUUGAAAAGAGCACCCAGGAGAAGCAGUCGUGUCGCGAGAAGAGUAUGCAGGACCGCCUACGCCUUGGUCACUUCACUACUGUCAGACACGGAGCAUCCUACACGGAACAGUGGACUGACGGAUACGCAUUCCAGAACCUGAUCAAGCAGCAAGAGGGCAUCAACCAGCAGAGGGAGGACAUAGAGCGACAGAGGAAGCUGCUGGCCAAAAGGAAACCUCCAAACCCUGCAUCACCCUCCCUUGCAGUGGCUUCCACCUCAGAACCCAAGCAGCGAAAAACCAAGGUGGUGAAUGGCAACGACUCAGACCCCUUCCUCAAGCCCUCCUUGCCCCAGCUACUGACCCUUGCUGAGUACCAUGAGCAGGAAGAAAUUUUCAAGCUUCGUCUCGGCCAUCUGAAAAAGGAAGAAGCCGAGAUUCAAGCAGAGCUGGAGCGGUUGGAGCGGGUAAGGAACCUUCACAUCAGGGAGCUGAAGAGGAUAAACAAUGAGGACAGCUCUGCUUUCAAAGAUCACCCUACUUUGAACGAGCGGUACCUGCUGCUUCACUUGUUGGGCAGGGGCGGUUUUAGUGAAGUCUACAAGGCUUUCGACUUAUUUGAGCAGCGCUAUGCAGCUGUUAAAAUCCACCAGCUCAACAAAAACUGGAGAGAGGAAAAAAAGGAAAACUACCACAAGCAUGCAUGCAGGGAGUACCGGAUACACAAGCAGUUGGACCAUCCCAGAAUAGUCAAGCUGUACGACUACUUCUCCUUGGAUACAGACACGUUCUGUACAGUUCUGGAGUUCUGUGAAGGAAACGACCUGGACUUCUACCUGAAACAAAACAAGCUGAUGUCUGAGAAGGAGGCGCGCUCCAUUGUCAUGCAGAUUGUCAGCGCUCUGCGCUACCUUAAUGAGAUCAAACCUCCCAUCAUCCACUAUGACCUCAAACCUGGUAACAUCUUAUUGGUGGACGGUACUGCAUGUGGGGAAAUUAAAAUCACAGACUUUGGCUUGUCCAAGAUAAUGGACGACGAUAACUAUGGUGUGGAUGGAAUGGACCUCACAUCACAGGGGGCAGGCACCUACUGGUACCUCCCUCCAGAGUGUUUUGUGGUGGGAAAGGAGCCACCGAAAAUCUCCAAUAAGGUGGACGUCUGGUCUGUGGGAGUGAUCUUCUUCCAGUGUCUUUAUGGACGCAAGCCGUUUGGUCACAACCAGUCUCAACAAGAUAUUCUCCAGGAAAACACCAUCCUUAAAGCCACAGAAGUCCAGUUUCCUGCUAAACCACAGGCCAGCACAGAGGCCAAGGCGUUUAUCCGGCGCUGCCUGGCGUACCGAAAGGAGGACAGGUUCGAUGUUCACCAGCUGUGCUCGGACUCCUACCUCCUCCCUCACAUGAGACGCUCGAACUCCUCCGGCUCCCUCCAGCCGUCUGCUUCAUCUCUCCCCUCCUACUGAUCGCCUCUCUCGCGACUCUCCACACCCUCUGCCCAGUCUCAAGGUCCUACCGAAGGUCAAUGGAUUUGGAUUUUUGUCCUUUUUUUCUUUUUCCUGAGCUCUUCUACAAAAUAGGAAAAUGAGAAGCGGAACAGGAAUAAUCGGGGAUAAACUUCAGGUGACGCAGAGGAGGAAGGUGCUACUCCUGUCACAAAAGUAGUACAGAGUAAUGUCCAUGAACUUAGCUGUGAGAGGAAGAAAAUGGAAUGUAAAAAAAGAAUGGGAACACCACUCAGUGUUUGGUGCGAGACAGCUGAAGUUCAUUGAUUUGCUUAUGGACAUGAUUAAUCCCAGAUGGGAGACAUUUUGACAGCUGUAUGACCCCUAAAUGCCCUGUCCAAGCCCACUUCUCCCAGCUCUACAUACAUGUACUUAUACACAUAUACAGUCUGUGCAUCAUAAUACACCAUGGCUAAUCUGUGUCAACAUGAAGCUGCAGUUAUAGUCUAGUUGCUUUAUAAUAGUGAUGGCCGGUAGGUAAGAGGAGAACGGGGCGUGGUGCAGAAAGGACACAAAUUGUUCACUUCAUUUGAAUAAGACACAAAAUUAUGGUUGUUAGUAAAAAUUUUUUCUCUUUUGUGGCCUGUCUGCACACAGGUGCAAGUGAUGUCACAACUUCGAUGCAACUUGACGAACAAAUGUUCCAGGUUGACUUUCUGAAGGUUGAUUUGCACUUCCUAUUCCCAUGAAGUACUGCAGCAACUUCUGGACUCGUCGUGUAGUCAAAUCUUCCGUUCACAUUUAUGUUGCGUUGCAAAGCAAUUCAGGGACACAGGAAGCUCUUUUAUUUCUGUUCAGAUGAGAGUCAGUGUUUCACAGAGGCAAGUGCCUCAGGACCUUGCUGUGGUUGGCGCCAUCAACACAAGCUGGGAGAGGACUGAGGGAGCUGGAUCAGCUGUUGCUGUACUGCAGAGACUUGGGAGCACAGACUUUAGUGUACAUUUGAUGUGCAGGAGACAUUACUCACUAACAGAUAUAUAAUAAUGAGGCUUAUCCCCGCUCCCCAGUGUCUCAGUUUUAUUUUUUCCCUCCUGAAAGCUGUUAUCAGUUUGCUGCUAUAAAUGUUGCUUUUAGUUUGUAACAUGUGAAUGGGUUUUUGCCUCUCAAAAUGUGCAUACUUGAACUGCGUCGAGAGGAACACUCUCCAGAGCCCACUUUCUCUGAAAUGGACACCUACUGUGCUGUUUGAGGGUGAGGGGAGAUGCGACACAUUCUUCUGCAACCAACGUCAAACGUCCAUGUAAGUUUUUGUUUACUUUCAUAUAAGAGGCGAGAGGAGCAGUCCCGGUGUGCUGUGCAGGGAGGAGUGGUCAUACCUGUUCAUGCCAGUAGAAAUGGGUGUGCUUGUGUUGCAGCAUGAUUUACUGCAGCUACAAAUCAAAUAUUGUCGUCCUGUAAAUAAAGCACUUACCUGUA